AUGUCUUCUCCGAAUGAAAAUCUUCCUCAAAAGGAGGAGACAGAGUGGUCCCUCCCUUCCCACGUAAUUCCCGAGAUCCUCUUGAAACUUCCGGUGAGAUCACUCAUGAGGUUCAAAACCGUGUCCAAAGAGUGGAACUUGAAUAUAUGUAACCCCAAAUUCGUCCCAAAACAUUAUGAGAACCAGCUAAGAAUAACUCCACAAAAGAAAAUAUUUAGAUGCUAUAACAAUACUACCAACAAAGUACUUUACUACAUUCAUAGCGGUGGUGUCAUCAAAUCAGAGAACUUCACACCACUACCCAAUGAUGAAAAAUUCUCCCAAACAGAAAGAACAACGUAUCUUAGAAAAGUUGGUUCACAUAAUGGGAUCCUCUGCUUCUACUAUCCUACCUAUGAUCAUAAGUCGAAGUUGAUCCUGUGGAAUCCCAGCUUGCAAGAAUCUAGAUGCAUCGAUAUUGGACCCAAAGAUCGUAAAAUUCAUAUGUUGGGAUUCGGAUAUGACUCUGGUACUAAAGAUUACAAAGCGGUGAAUUUUCGAUACUCGCAUGAUAGUCCUUUGUUUGUUGACUUGUACUCGCUAAGAAAAGAAAAAUGGAGAUACAACAAUAGUCCCAAUAAUUAUUCCCUCUUGCCUUACAAACUAGUCAAAUUUGUUUGGCGUUCGCUGAAUUUAGAAGGCGGGAAUAAGAUUCAUUGGCUUGUUUUCUUCGAGGACAACAAUAGGGAUGUGUUUAGGAGUAUCUUGUUCUUCGAUGUGAGGGAGAAUUCGGUUGGCCUAAUUGCAUUGCCGGAAAGUUUGGCCGUGGUGGCAGAUGACAGUGAUGUGAGUCUUGCCUAUUGUGUUGAUGAUCGUGAUGGUUUGCUUACUUUGUUUGAGUACAAAAAUGAUGGUUUGAUGAGCUUUUGUUGUAAUGUGUGGAUGUUGAAGACUGAUUCCAUAGAUUAUACUUGGACUAAAUUAGAGUUUAGCAUUAAUUUAGAUAGAAAGUUCAAGGCUUUAGGGUUCUUGAGUAAAUAUAUUAUUUUGGUUAUCAGUGGGGAUAAGAAGAUUUUGUUUGACACUAGAACCCAACACAAACAUUUUAUUCAGAUUGGUGAUGGUGACAUUUGGAUCCUCUCGUACGUUGGCACAUACAUGGAGAACAUCAUCACCCUCCCAAAAUAUGACAAAAAAACAAACCCAAAUUGAUGAUCCAAAGACAACACCAUCAAGUUUGUUUUAUUUAUUUAUUUGAUUUGAUUUACAUUUAAUGUAUUUUUUAUUAUCCUGAAUGGAAGCAUAAUAAGCUUUUUAAUUAGUUUAA